UUUUGUGUCGGAGAAAAACAAUUUGACUGUACAAAUGUUUCGCGAUUGCCCGUGAAGCCGCACGACGCAGGGAGGCGGUGCGCUCGAUGAGGCGCGACGUUUUUCGACCCUAGACCCGGACCACUACAUUAGCAAAGGUGGAUUGGUACACAGGAUAUGAGCAGUUUGUCAAGCGCAACCUGACUCUGCUCCCCCAUCAACAAGCAGCACAGCAGCAGGACGAGCAGUCUCAGCAGCUGGCUCAACCACAACAGACUGUCAUUAUGACGUCCAUGUUCGAUCAACAGAUCAAGAGCGAACCCAUGGGGUUCUAUUCGGUUGCUUCCAGUCGUUCAGAUGGAUCCAAUUCCUUGGUGAAUCUGUCCGACGAUCGAGAAGAUCUUUCCCAGCAAGAGGGUCACCUGCAGCCUCAGCAGCAAACGUUGCAGCUGAGUCAGCAGCAAAGUCAACAACAGGGCCAGCCGCAGAGUCAGCAACAACCGCAACAGAAUCAACAACAGCAGAGUCAGGGUAUGCAACAGGAGCCAUCGAAUCGUCAGUCUUCGGGUCAACAGACCGUUACCGCUAAAGAGGGCUCACGGUCCAAACCUCAACCUUGCAAGGUCUGCGGCAAGGUACUGUCCUCCGCUUCGUCCUAUUAUGUGCAUAUGAAACUUCAUUCGGGGAACAAGCCCUACCAUUGUACAGUAUGCGAGGCGAGUUUUUGCCGCAAACCUUAUCUAGAAGUGCACAUGAGGACGCACACGGGCGAACGACCUUUUCAAUGUGAGCUGUGUCUGAAAAGGUUUACUCAAAAGAGCAGUCUCAAUACUCAUAAACGAGUGCACACGGGCGAACGACCGUAUGCGUGCGACAUUUGCCACAAACGUUUCGCCGUCAAGAGCUACGUCACUGCGCACCGUUGGAGCCACGUAGCCGAGAAGCCUCUGGUCUGCGACCGAUGUUCUCUCACGUUCACGUCCAAAAGUCAAUUUGCGAUUCACAUCCGUACACAUACCGCCAGUACCACUUACGAGUGUAAUCUCUGUGGGCGUACGUUUGUACGCGACAGUUAUUUGAUAAGGCAUCAAAACCGGGUGCACCGCGACAUGACUCAGAGCACGAAUCACAAUCCACCGACGCCGCAGAGCAGCGGUGCCGGCACCCCGGGCACCGGUUUCGAGAGCCCGGUCUGUGAUCUGCGCUACAGCGAAGGACCGUCGUCACUGGACGGUCUCUCAGGAGCUAAAGGCACGGGCAUCGCCGCGGAAAUUGCCAGUUUAGCCAAGCAGAACAAUCUACAGCUUCCACUACCGCUGCUGCAUCCGCAGACCACCAACUAGUGUUUAGACAGCAGCAGCGCUACCCAGUCCCUGCCGCAACAUCAAUCACCACAGCAAGUAGUAUGUCCCACCUCGGCGUCUUCGCCGUUCACACUUAACUCACCUAUAUCUCACACCGAGCACACGAGCACACCGCAGAGUGUCUACCAAACGACGGGCUCCUCCGAUUCCUUGGAAAGCCCCAACUCCCAACUCUAUCCGCACUUGUCGUCCCCUCUAGAUCCAACAUCGGAGUCGCAACAUCAGCUGCACCGCGGCAUCCCUCCGCCAGGGCUUCAUCCCGCACUCUAUCUAUACGCUCAGUACUCGAAUACGAGUCCCGCGACUUCGUACUCGGAAUACAUUCAGCGUAAUAACUAAACGCGAGUUUUCAUUUAGCAUCGCUCGAGUUCCAACGCGAACGAAAAUACCAGUGAAACUGGUGCUAUUUAAUCGCGUCGGUUGAUCAAAGUGCCUAUCGAGCAUCCACUUUCGGUAUCGUAACAACGGAUGCUCGCUCGUCACGGUUUAGGAAAUACGAUCUCGGUUUCGAUUUAGGAGGGAUUUUCGACAACUUAGCUCGAUCAAUUGCGAAGUGACUACUGUUCGAUAAAUAUUUGCUACUUUGUGUCUCUUUGUAUCUAAUGGAUUUUAUAUUCAUAAACAUCUUUUAACAUGGGAUUGAAUAGCACCCGAUUGAAGCGGAGUUUUUAAUCGUUGGAUGAUAAAAUCGUGCCAGCACAGAUCGUUUUAAUGAAUCGAUCACUAUCCGUAUGCGAUGCUAGCUGAAAUCGAAGCGUGUAACGUUUCUACGAGUCUCCGUGAUUUCAGCACUCUUAUUUCGCCUGGUUUUAAUCACGUCUCUGCGAGUAUGUAUAUACAUGUAUGCAUUUAUCUGUAUAUGUGUGUAUAUAUAUUAUGCGAACCAUUACGACACGUACACAUAUUUAUAUUAUAUUUUUAAAGGAGUUUAGUCACUUGAAUCUGUGAUAUAGAUAGUAAUUAUUAUCUACAAUGUUUUUAAACUAUUGGUUUUACUAUUUUGACGAAUAUCAAAACGAGGAAAAUGAAAAAGCAAUGUCACGAGGCGAUCGAAAAUUUUAGCAACGUUGGUCUCUACCGAAGGUGUGUUUGGUAGACACCCUAUUAUUAAUUUUACAACAGCAACAACAGUAACACUAUAUGGCUAAUCCUACUACUAUCACUGCUAUUAUUCUAACUACCACCACUAUUACUUCUAUCACCACCACCGACAUUUCCCAAAUUAUACAUUUACCUAUCGUUACUAUUACGGCUAUUACUACCACUAUUAUUCUACUGCUACUAUGUACUACUAUACUACUAAAAAAGAAGAAACUACUACGAUCACAUUAUCGCUAAGGAUCACACUCACACAUGCGAGAGCGCGCGUUUAUUUCGACAAUUACGUGUAGUACAUACGAUCACGUCAUAUAGUCGUCAUGGUUUCUCUUUAGCUUGAAACGCUACGAGAAUUCCUUCUGUCGCUUUCCCUGUAGAUCGUAAAACGUCCAUCUCUUCACAACAUCGACGGAUAUGUUCGUAUGUGAGGUGCGCGUUUGUGAUAAAAAGAAAAUUGUUCUUCGUUAGAGUGUAGAGCACACAGCUUUCGAUCAGUUCCAUAGUUGUACUUACUUUCCACAUAUCUCGAGGUGUACACAGAUAUAUAUAUAUAUAUUGUAUAUACAUAUACAUAUACGACGUAUGAAUGUAUAAUAAAGCGGAAGAAUAGGAUGCAGGUCAUAAAAAAUGCAGUUGUGUCAUGUAAAAGGCGCAAUAGGCUGUUGAUUCUUCGCGAAUGAUCUUAGCUAUUAGCUUAUUAUUAAUUCCUGUUUUCUCUUUCUUUUUCUCUGAUAAUCACGUCACGUGUUUUAAUUCAAGCGCGAGGGAACCAUGACAAUCGCGCGUAGAAUUGAGAGUAAAUCUCAAAGCACAUCUUAAACGCGGCCAUCGCUUUCGAGUAAUCGAAAUCUGCGAUAAUUGCGAUUACGUGUAAGUGCAAUUCACCAACAAUUGCGCGUUUAACACGCGAAACCGCGUUGUAGAGCUACGAAGGUACACAAAUCGAAAGAAACUAUAUAUUCGUGCUAGCGUGCCUCGAACCCCCUUAUUGUGGUUCUCUCUUUUUUUUUAUUUCUCCCUCUCUUUUUCUUCUCUCUUUCUAUCCCUUUUAGCGAUUUAAUUUUCACGUCGUAAAAUGAUCAAAAUGAUCCUGCGCGCGUAUGCCUGAGGCUUUCGAUUUAAAGAGGAUGCGAAGUCACCUGGGCAAGACUGAUCUUUAUUGUAACGAACUACGAGAUGCGAAGUGUUUAUUCUCUCUCUUUUUAUCUGUUUUUUUUCUCCAUUUUAUUCUCUCUUGUCUUUCUGAUUUUCGUUUUUCACCGGAUGUAAGCGCGUGUAAAACGCAUUGAAAAGAGGAUAGUACGAUAAAGUAUUUCAUUGACGAAGAAGAGCCGCGUAAAAUUGUACGUUUGUGGACGAAAUGAGUUAAGUAACCGGGCAAAUUGGUUAACGUAAUCCAUUGUUUCAUUAAUUAACGUAGUUAAUUAAUUAAGCGACUGACCGCAUUGAUUAAAAUUAAAUAAGCGAUUAAUUAAGUUAAUUACGCGUAAGAGAAAUCGUGAACGCGCGUGAUUUCUGGUUCACGAACGUGUUAAAGAAUGAAGUGCAAUGAGAGAACGCAAUUGAUCUUUUUUGUCGGCUAGUCAUUGGGCAGCUCUAUGAGAUAUUAAGUGUACUACAAAGCUGUGAUUAAAGCCUCCGAGCAUAUGA